CUAGCGUCAAGAUACCCUGCAGCAAAGUUAGUCAUACCAGCCUUGACAGAAAUUUACGAAACAUACGGCAACCCAGAUGUCCAGAUCUCAGACAAUGGUCCACCAUUCAACAGCAUUCAGAUGCAAAACUUCGCCAAGACCAAAGACAUCAAGUAACAGAAAUCACUACCACUACACCCCUCCUCGAACCCAGUCGAAUCCUUUAUGCGGCCCUUGGGCAAAUCUAUGAAAACUGGGCGUCACAGCGGUAUUCCCGAAAAAGAAAGUCUAAAAAAUGUCUUGAAAAACUACAGAAAGACACCUCACCCGGCAACCAAUCUUCCACCGGCAGCUAUGAGUUUCCACCAUGGACAACGCCUGGACUUUCCUAGAAGACACGCAACAGACGAAGAGAUGAGCAGGGCACGAGAAGCAGACCAGAAGAAGAAAAUGGAAAACGAAAGUAAAGUAAAUGGCUCCAAGUACCGGAAGAAAUCUCAUUUCAUAAUCGGCGACAAUGUCCUGAUCAGAAACUACAAUAAAUCAAGAAAGUUUGACACUCUCUUCCUCCCGGAAGCGUUCAAGAUCAUUGAUAUGAACAGGGGGGAAACAUAGUCCCUGUGUCGACACCCGGAUGAUCUCAAACCUUCGAAAAGUCGACCGGACAACCGCGAAGAAAAACAGGAGUGCAUGCAGUACGCCGACAUCCAAUGGCCAGAAGUAAUUGAGCAUAUGACGACGACGAGAGAUACUGUCUGGAAAAGAGAGAUACAGCACCACCGCCUAGACGAAGUCAACGGAAACUGACGACCAUUCCAGUUUACAAGUAAACACGAAUGUUUACGAACAGUAUUCAUUUUAUCUAUUUGUGAUAGGGGAUGAUGUAUAUGUAUAUAUUGUGUUAAUGUUGGACAAUGAUCAGGAGCGAUGGGGGAUAAUUAAAAAGCGCGGGAAAGGACGGAGAAAGAAGAAAACAUUACAUUGUAUACUAUGGGUUGAUAUUAGGGACCGGUCAUUAUUUAUGGUGGGGGUGGCACCGAAGAGAAAUGUUUUUCGUGGCAAAAUUUUUGCUUACCCAACCAUUAAAAAAUCAAAAAUUUGAUUACCCAACCUCAAGUAUCAUUUAAAAAAUAAAUACCCACCCCUGGCCAAAAACGUUACAAAAGGAUGUCAUUCAGUUGUCACACAUGACACAAGUCCUUUACCACUUCUGUGAUGCGUUUGAUAACGUUCGGCUUGUGAAUGUUUGAUAGUUUGAUAACGUUCGGCUUGUGAAAUUUACUGACUUUUCUGCAGUCUAAAGUUUCAUGUUGUCUGCACUUUUACUUUCUUUGGAGACAUAAUUUGUCUCCCAACAAAUCGGAAAAUGAUGAAGAUAUAGAUUGAUUCACAUAUUGUAUUGACAUAUGACUGUUGACUUUGAAGUUUUCAGUCUUCAAUAUUUAAGUGAGUCAUGCUUUGGAAAUGACAAUAAAUUUUUAUUACCCAACCUUUGAGUUGUUUCGUUUUUCAUUUACCCAACCUUUUACUCUCUCAAAAUUUUGUUUACCCAACCCUUUUCUCUUCGGUGCCACCCCCCGCCAUAAAUAAUGACCGGUCCCUUAUUAAAGAAACGAACAAACUAGUUUAUAUUUACUAUUAAUAUGCAUGAAUAUGCGCAUAUACAGUGAAAACUCUAAACAAUGGAUUCACUGGGAAACCUCCUAUAUAUUGUCCUUUAAACAGAGGUUUUCUGUACAUGUAUGCAUAAGGUAUUUGCUCUGUGGAACUGUAAUUCUGUAAAAUAGACGUGCAAGUGACUGUUGGCAAUAGUGUUGAAGGUGAUCAAGUCACACCAUAUUAUCAUAAAUCUACAUGUAAUAUUUCGCAUUGUAUUUUUUCAUCAGUCAGUGAAAAUUGAAAUUGGAGGCGGAUAGACACAGAAAACAGUAAUUGUUGAGUUAGCGAAACAUAAUCCACUCAGUAGUAUCAACAAAGAGAAAUCUUCCACUGUUUAUCACUUUAUAUGGUUGAAUGGUCCCUCCACGACGGGCCAUGAUCUGCUGGAACUGAUCUGGCACAUAUAUUUGUGGGUACAAUUGACCUCUCCUAGGCAAAACUAAGCCAACAGCUUCUUUGCACACCAUGCACACCAUGCACACACCAUGAUAAACAGCAGUUAAAAAGCCAGUUACACUAAAUAUAGAUUGAAAGACGCUCCUACCACGUCUGUAAACAUUGUACGUGAACACACC